AUUUGUUGAAUUAUCAGUUAUCAUUUCGUUGUUCAAACAUAUCAACGUAUCAAAAAUCAGAAUGUUCGCAAAGGUUCUCCUAAUUGCCGUCGCAGUGGCAGCUGUAGCUGCUCAAGACCACCACCACGAGCACCACCACCACGCCUCCUCCUCACAGAGCCUCAAGCAGUACCACGGGAAAGCCACUGAGAAACACGUCGAGUACUAUUCUCACCCUAAGUACGAGUUCGCAUACAAAGUGGAGGACCCUCACACCGGUGACAAGAAGUCCCAACAUGAGUCCCGCGACGGUGACGUCGUGAAGGGCGUGUACAGUCUGCACGAGCCCGACGGUACUGUCAGGAUCGUGGAGUACCACGCUGACAAGAAGACUGGAUUCAACGCCAACGUCAAGCGUGAAGGUCACGCCAAACACAUUGUUCCUGAACACCACCACCACCACGAGUAUUUUUUAAACUCACCCAGUCUUCUUGUCAGCGUGGUACUCCACGAUCCUGACAGUACCGUCGGGCUCGUGCAGACUGUACACGCCCUUCACGACGUCACCGUCGCGGGACUCAUGUUGGGACUUGUAAUCACCGGUGUGAGGGUCUUUAACUUCAUACGCGAACUCGUACUUAGGGUACUUUUAAUUGCCGUCGCGGUGGCAGCUGUAGCUGCUCAAGACCACCACCACGAGCACCACCACCACGCCUCCUCCUCACAGAGCCUCAAGCAGUACCACGGGAAAGCCACUGAGAAACACGUCGAGUACUAUUCUCACCCUAAGUACGAGUUCGCGUAUAAAGUGGAGGACCCUCACACCGGUGACAAGAAGUCCCAACAUGAGUCCCGCGACGGUGACGUCGUGAAGGGCGUGUACAGUCUGCACGAGCCCGACGGUACUGUCAGGAUCGUGGAGUACCACGCUGACAAGAAGACUGGAUUCAACGCUAACGUCAAGCGUGAGGGUCACGCCAAACACAUUGUUCCUGAAUACCACCACCACCACUGAUGCUAAAAAUACCAAAC